AUGUCUUCUUCGAUCCUGAAGAGAGAGAAGCGGAAGAGAACAAAAAAUGUCCAUUUUAACUGUGUCACUGUGUAUUACUUUACGAGAAGGCAAGGCUUCACCAGUGUUCCCAGCCAAGGGGGAAGCACACUGGGAAUGUCCACUCGCCACAACAGUGUACGCCAGUACACGCUUGGAGAGUUUGCAAUGGAGCAGGAGAGGCUUCACCGGGAGAUGCUGCGAGAGCACCUGAGAGAAGAAAAACUGAAUUCUCUAAAAUUAAAGAUGACAAAGAAUGGUACAGUGGAAUCUGAAGAGGCUAAUACGUUGACACUGGAUGACAUUUCCGAUGAUGAUAUUGAUCUGGACAACACUGAAGUGGAUGAGUAUUUCUUUCUACAACCCCUGCCAACAAAAAAGCGAAGGGCACUGCUGCGAGCUUCUGGAGUGAAGAAGAUUGAUGUGGAAGAAAAACAUGAGCUGCGGGCCAUCCGGCUGUCCAGAGAGGAUUGUGGCUGUGACUGCCGUGUGUUUUGUGAUCCAGAAACUUGCACUUGCAGUCUUGCAGGCAUAAAGUGUCAGGUGGAUCGUAUGUCUUUUCCAUGCGGUUGCACUAAAGAAGGGUGUAGCAAUACAGCAGGUAGAAUUGAAUUUAAUCCUAUCCGUGUACGGACUCACUUUUUGCACACAAUAAUGAAACUUGAAUUGGAGAAAAAUAGAGAACAGCAAAUUCCAUCACUAAAUGGCUGCCACAGCGAGAUAAGUGCACAUACUAGUUCUAUGAGUCCGGGACCCCAUCCAGUUGAAUACUCCAUUGCAGAAAAUUUUGAGAUUGAAACUGAACCUCAGGCUGCAGUUAUGCAUUCUCAGUCAGCCGAGGACUUGGACUGCCCUGGGGAAGAGGAGGAAGAGGAAGAUGGGAGUAGCUUUUGUAGUGGAGUUACUGAUUCUAGCACUCAGAGUUUAGCCCCUAGUGAAUCAGAUGAUGAUGAAGAAGAAGAGGAAGAUGAGGAAGAUGAUGAGGAAGAAAAAGCAGAUGACUUUGUAGAAAGUAUGGGCUCCCAUGCUGACAUGGUACCUCUUCCUUCUGUCCUUUGCUACUCUGAUGGAACUGCUGUGCAUGAAAACCACUCUAAAAAUGCCUCAUACUAUACUAACUCUUCAAAUCUAUAUUACCAAAUAGAGAACCAUGUUGCUGGCACUGCUAACCAGAUUGGUGAGACUUACUCAGAAAGGGAUGCUGUCAAGAAUGGCAGUCUUUCUCUGGUGCCUUACAGCAUGACUUCAGAACAGUUUGUUGACUACACUCGGCAAUCAGAGGAAACUUUUAGCAGCCCUCAUUACCCUUCUGCAAACCCCUCAGUGAUUGUUUGCUGCUCAUCUUCUGAAGGUGAUAGCAGUGCUCCAUGCAACAGUUUAUACAUGGAGCAUAGGCCAAGUCACUCUCAAGUGGAAUUUCACUCAUUCUUGAAAGGUCCUUCUCAAGAUGGAUUUGUUUCAGCUUUGAAUGGUGAGAGUCGAGUACAAGAGCACCCUGCUGAGAAUUCGCUAGUCCUCUCAGAAAAGAGUAGACUGCACGAAGAGUGCAUCAAAUCACCAGUGGUAGAAACAGUACCUGUUUAAUAUUAAAAUUAUUCUAAGACUGACUUCCUGUAAUAAAAUGCACUCAAAUUGGAUUUUCUAGAAUCUUAACUUUUUUUUUUUAAGAGGUAGACAACACUUGGGCUAUAGUCAAUGUUCCAGACACACUGUCAAGCUACGUUGCCAGAGGCACUGCACAGAAUCAGUUCAUGUAAAGAUUAAAAAAAAACAAACCAUCGUCAGACUGUCUUUUGAUAGAAAUAAAACACGUAAGUAAAAAAUCACACCUAACAUAUUUCAAAGUAGCCUACCUGUCAAAUAUGUGAAACAUACCAAGCUAUCUGAAU